CAGAAUUAAAGAAAAAAACAAAAAACCAAAAACAUUCUCUUUAAAUACAGCCUUGGAUGUGUCUUUGGACCCCAGCUAGCCUCAGUUUCCGUAUCCAUAAAAUGGCGACGGUAAUUAUACUGGCGUCACAGGGUCUAAUGAGAUCUCUGAUUUAAAACUAGGGAGACUUUUAUUACUCACUUCUCUGGGGCAUAUUUAUCUCGCGUGAACAGUGUAAAACUAGUUGUUCCUUGUCCUGCCAGGUCAGAGAGUGAUUUGGCAAAGGAGUUGUUGGGAAAGUCGAGGCUGGCAAUUAGCUGAGAGGGAGAACUCACUGGCUUUGUUUUGUUUCUCAUUGAUUUACCUGUAAACUAAGUGUAAGCUACAAGUUUCCUGUGGUCGCUGGGGCUAGAGCUUGACUCUGGAGAGAGAGGAAGAAUGGCAGCCUGGUGAAGAGGCAGAGAAGCUUGCCUUUGAACUGAAUUUUGAUGAGCAAAACCGUGUGGCUUUGGAGGCCCCUCCUUCCAGGCUUCCUGGUGAUGGAAAGCCUGAGGCAGUUCAGUCCUGGCAGCAACACCCCUGAAUUCCUGUGGUGAGAGCAUGUGGCUCCUGGACCCAUCCCGAAAAGAGGUGCUGAGGUUUGCUGUCAGUUGCCGUGUCCUGACUCUGGUGCUGCAGGGACUCUUCAAUGCCAUCAUCCCAGAUCACCGCGCAGAAGCCUUCUCUCCUCCUCGCCUUGCUCCUUCAGGCUCUGUGGACCAACUUGUGGAAGGUCUCCUGGGUGGCCUGUCUCACUGGGAUGCUGAACACUUUCUGUUCAUUGCUGAGCAUGGCUACCUGUAUGAGCACAACUUUGCCUUUUUCCCUGGUUUCCCCCUGGUCCUGUUGGUGGGGAGUGAACUGCUGAGACCCCUGCGGGGGUUACUGAGCCUACGGAGUUGCCUGUUAAUCUCAGUAGCAUUGCUCAAUUCCUUGUUCUCUAUCCUGGCUGCAGUUGCACUUCAUGACCUGGGCUGUCUGGUUUUGCACUGUCCCCGCCAGGCCCUUUACGGAGCACUGCUUUUCUGCCUCAGCCCUGCCAAUAUCUUCCUGGCUGCCGGUUACUCAGAAGCUUUGUUUGCCCUCCUAACAUUCACUGCCAUGGGGCAGCUGGAAAGGGGCCAAAGCUGGACUAGUGGACUCCUCUUUGCCCUUGCCACUGGUGUACGCUCCAAUGGGCUGGUCAGUGUUGGCUUCCUCAUUCAUUCUCAGUGCCGAGGCUUUUUCUCUUCUCUCAUGGUACUGAAUCCUCUGAGACAGCUCUUAAAGCUAAUGUGCUCUGUGUUCCUGUCCAUGCUCAUACUUGGCCUUCCCUUUGCCCUCUUUCAGUAUUAUGCCUACACCCAAUUCUGUCAGCCAGGCUCAGCCCAUUCCAUCCCUAAGCCCUUGCUGCAGUUAGCUUUGGACAAGGGCUACCGAAUUGCAGAGGGAAACAAGCCACCUUGGUGCUCCUGGGAACUUCCCCUAAUAUACAGCUAUAUCCAGGAUGUCUAUUGGAAUAUUGGCUUUUUGAGAUACUACGAACUUAAGCAGGUGCCGAAUUUUUUGCUGGCUACACCAGUGGCUAUACUUGUUGCCUGGGCAACUUGGACAUAUGUGACCACCCACCCUUGGUUCUGCCUUACACUUGGGAUGCGGAGGAACAAGAACAAUGAGACCCUAGAAAAGCCUGAUCCUGGAUUCCUCAGUCCUCAGGUGUUUGUGUACCUAGUUCACGCUGUAGCGCUGCUACUCUUUGGCUGCUUGUGCAUGCAUGUUCAGGUUCUCACCAGGUUUUUGGGCUCGUCCACACCUAUUGUGUACUGGUUUCCAGCUCACUUGCUUCAGGAUCAAGAGCCACUGCUGAGAUCCCUAGAGACAGUACCCUGGAAGCCUCUUGCAGGGGACUCCCCACCAGGACAAAAGGUCUCCAGAAAUUCUAUCAUGGGACUUUUGUACAACUGGAAAACCUGUUCUCGAGUCACACAAUGCAUUCUAGGCUACUUCCUGACUUACUGGCUCCUGGGACUGCUCCUGCACUGCAACUUCCUGCCUUGGACAUGACCUAGAAUCUCAGGGGACAGACUUGAAGCCAAACGAACCAGAGGGCUGAAAGUACAAAUAUAUAAAUACACUGCCUGCGCUGCCUUGGGAUUCUUACUCUGUCCAUUAGAACCUCUUCCUCUGUUCGAAGUUUGGUUAGGAAUGGGAGCAGUAUGAGCCACUAGAGAGCCCUUAAUGGUCCUGGCUAUGGAAAAUUUUAGAGUAGUAAGUAUUUUCACAGAAAGUGAAAACAUCUUAUUCUAAGUCUAAAGUAUACCCCGAUCUGUCUCUAACCAAGCACAGCAGAGAUAGUCUUGAACUUACCACUGAUCCACUUGUAAAUUUAAAUGUAAAUUUCAUCAAAGGCUCUAGCUUACAGGCUAGUAAUAGUCCCCACAUGAUGGCAGAGGUCUGAACAGUGUAGUGGCAGUAGUAAGUAAAGUGGGACCUUCUUUUCUAAAUGAGACAUUGUUGCCCUGGUUGCAGGUUUGGUCCCUGGACAGGGCAUGUAUGAGAGGCAGCUGAUCCAUGUUUCUCUGGGGGACAUGUGAAGAGGCAACUGAUUGUUGUUUCUCUCCCUCUUUUUCUCCCUCCCUUUCCCUCUCUAAAAAUAAAUAAAAUCUUAAAUUUUUUUUGAAUAGGACACUGUUUCUGAUUAUUUUUAAAAUGACUUGUUCAUGUAUUUAUAUGAAAAGUCUUACAAAGAUAUGCAGAUUAAACAACUUUUGGUUA